GUUAAAAUUUAUCUUAUCUGAUUAUCGAAUUGUUGUAAUAAAAGAUAAAUUCAAUCUUUUAAAGACAAAAACAAAGUAUAGAGAUCAUCUAUCCAGUAUGGUGGAUCUAUAAAUAAGAAUACCCUUAAGUUCAUAUUCUUCACAUACUCUCUCAUUCACAAAAGAAAGAAACAAAUUUCGAAAAUGAAUUCCGCGAUAACUCUCGUCGUCCCACUCUUACUCCUCUUUUCUUCUUUUAUCCUCUUUGGAGACAUCACUGGAGUGGAGAGCUCAAAGCACCAUCAUCAGCGUAACUUAUACGGUUCAACAAAGCUGUUUGUCUUUGGAAAUUCUAACGUCGAUACCGGAAACCUGCCGACAACUUCUGAAUCAUGGGGAGAACCUUAUGGUAUGACAUACCCCGGUACACCAGCGGGCCGUUACUCUGACGGCCGUCUCUCUACCGAUUAUCUAGCCUUAUUUCUGGGGAUAGAAUCACCGGUCCCUUAUCAAUGGAAGGAUGACGUGGAGAAGGAACGGUUACAAUAUGGAAUGAAUUUUGGGUACGGAGGAUCCGGAGUCUUCGACACGGUUUAUGUUAAAGGUUUGGAUAUGACGUAUCAGAUCGGUCUCUUUGAGAAACUCAUUGGCGAUAUCUAUUCUCCAUCCGACCUUUCUUCUUCCAUCGCCCUUGUCAGUAUUGCUGGCAAUGACUACUUUACUCACAUCACCGAGAAUGGCUAUGGCUUGAGCAUCUUUGAAUUUAUGAGGCGAGUCAUCAAUCAAAUCGAGGUUAAUUUGAGGCGGAUCCACGCCUUGGGAGUGAAAAAGAUAGCAGUACCUUCAUUACAGCCGAUCGGGUGCCUCCCCAUGUACACCAAAGGCUUAUCAUACCGGAGGUGCAACGACACUAUAAACGCCUUGACAAUCGAACACAACAACGCUUUGCAAAGAGUAGUGACUAGACUCAACAGGGAGACCGAGCAGUCGCCUUUCAUUAUCAUUGACUACUACAAGGGCUUCUUCGACGUCAUCAAUAACAACGGAGAGAUUCCAGGGUUUCCGAAGUUUAAAAGUCUAUACGUGCCGUGUUGCGGAAUCACCGGUUAUUGCGGGACUGUGCACGAGAACGGUGAGAAGAAUUAUACCUUAUGCGAUGAUCCUUCGUCUAAUUUCUACUGGGAUGAAUUUCACCCUACUCAGGAAGGAUGGAAGGCGGUUUACUCGGUUUUGACCAACAACCUAAAAGCGCUUUUACCCUUAAGUUCAUAUGCUUAAGAGAUUUCAAAUUUUCUUUAUCGACCGUUAAGUGUUUUCUUCUUUUAUUGUUGUUAUCUCUAUGUCUUUCUGUCACUCCUGCAUGCAAGGCUUUGUGCCUUAUCUUUUUAUUGUCGGUUUAAGAAUAAAAGUGUAACCUUAAGGAAAUAAGUUUGAAAUAAAACACUCUUUACUAUUA